AUGUCAACUUCGGCAACUGACAAAGCUGGUAACCCAGAACCUCAAAUCGUUCGUGAAUUGAGUUCUGAAAACAUCAAUAACCAAAAUACCACCAAUAAUAACUAUUCACCAGAUGAAGAAAAAUCAACUGGUUUAUACAAUGAUGAAUCUGCUAGUCAAAACAAAACAUUGGAUGAUUAUUCAGGUACAAAGCAAAUCGCUUUAAGAAAAGCUGAAAUCUUGGCUGAUCAAUAUAAUUCAAUCACAUAUAGAAUCAUUUUAUUAUUCAGUGCCUUUUUAAUUGGUUAUGGUUAUGGGUUAGAUUCAAACAUUCGUUAUGUUUAUACAGGUUAUGCCUCAAGUUCAUAUUCUACACAUUCUUUGAUUUCAACAAUUGGUGUUGUUAAUGCUGUUAUCGGUGCUGCUUCACAAAUUGUUUAUGCAAGAUUAUCAGAUGUUUUCGGUCGUUUAGAAUUGUUAUUAGUCUCUGUUGUUUUCUAUGUCGUGGGUACUAUUAUCCAAUCCCAGGCUCAUGAUAUUCAGCGUUAUUGUGCCGGUGCUGUCUUCUAUAAUUUGGGUUAUGUUGGUGUUUUAUUGAUUGUUUAUUUAAUCUUGUCAGAUUUUUCAAGUUUAAGAUAUAGAUUAUUUUACCAAUUCGUUCCAACUUUACCUUUUAUUAUUAAUACUUGGAUCAGUGGUAAUAUCACUGAAAGUCUUAACCCUGUUAAACGUUGGUCUUGGGGUAUUGGUAUGUGGGCUUUUAUUUUCCCAUUAAGUGCCAUCCCAUUCAUCUGUUGUAUUUUACACAUGAGAUUUAAAGCUAGAAACACACCAGAAUGGAGAGCUAUUAAACAACAGAAAACUUUCUAUCAAUUGAAUGGUGGCUGGAGUUUCAUCAAGGAAUUAUACUGGAGAGUUGAUAUCACUGGUGUCUUGUUAUUGAUUGCCUUAUUGGGUUGUUUAUUAGUUCCAUUGACUUUAGCUGGUGGGUUAAGUUCCAAAUGGAAAAGUGGUAAGAUUAUUGGUCCUCUAGUUUUAGGUUUUGUUUUGGUUCCAAUUUUCAUUGCUUAUGAAACUUAUAUUGCUAAGUUCCCAUUAGCUCCUUUUAAAUUAUUAAAAGAUCGUGGUGUUUGGGCUGCUUUGGCUAUUUCAAUCUUUUUCGAUUUUAUUUAUUACAUGUAUGCUGAUUAUUUAUAUACUGUGUUGAUUGUUGGUAUGAACCAAUCAGUUAAAUCAGCUACAAGAAUCACUUCAAUUGCUUCAUUCGUUAGUGUUGUUUGGUCUCCAUUAUUUGCACUUAUUGUGGCUUAUUUCAGAAGAUUAAAAGGGUUUAUCCUUUUAGGUACUGCAUUAUGGUUAGUCGGACUUGGAGUUCUUUAUCAUUUCAGAGGUGGUGAAGGUUCAAAAGAUGGUGUUAUCGGUGCUUUGGUUGUUAUUGGGUUAGGUACAACUAUGUUUUCAUAUCCAAUCACUGUUUCUGUUCAAAGUGCAACAAGUCAUGAUAAUAUGGCUUUAGUUUCAGGUUUAACUUAUACUUUCUACAGAAUUGGUUCAGCUGCGGGUAAUUCAGUUUCAGGUGCUGUUUGGACAAACAUUUUACCAGGUCGUUUAGAGAAAAAUUUGGCCUCUUUUAAUAAUGUCACAUUAUCUUCUUAUGCUUAUUCACAACCAUACAGUUUCAUUAUUGAUUACCCAUGGGGUACACCUGAAAGAAGUGCUGUUGUGGAAGCUUAUAAACAUAUCCAAAGAAUGGAAACUUUGAUUGCUUUAUGUUUCUGUGUGUUGUUGGUUGUUUUUGCCCUAUUCUUGAGAGAUCCUGAAUUAACUAAUGAACAAGCUCAUAAUGAUUUAGAAGAAGGUGAAAUGGUUAACACCAAACACGAAGUUGAUGCAGUUGCUGAUUGGUUCUCAAGAAAGUUUAAGAGAAAUUGA